AUUUGCUUUCACAGUGGUGAGCAUAUUGAUGGUCCUGAUCAUCCGGAUGUUAUCUCACAAAUGCUUAUUGAUCAACCAGCGGAUUUCAUCAGCAAUCAUCUUCCCAUCCUAGAUUCUAGUGAACCAGCCCACAUUGACAAGUGCAAAUAUACGGUAUCUGAGGACAAUCACUAUGUGAUUGGACAUUAUCCUGGCGCUAAAAAUGUGCUCAUAGGAGGUGGAUGCUCUGGAACUGGUUUCAAAGUAGAUAUAAUUCAUGUAUAA